AUGCACAUAGCAAACCUGAAAAUCAUGUCCGACUCGGUUCUUCAAAUCCUUUUCCUUCUGGUUUCCCUCACGGCACAAGCAUCAGGAGCUGCACCUGAACUUGCAAGGCCCAACUGUGCUGAAAGAUGCGGGAACGUCACCAUUCCCUUCCCCUUCGGAAUAGGAGCCAGGUGUUUCUUGGAUAACUGGCACGAGAUCGUCUGCCAGCAAAACAACACGCUUCCCAUUCUAAAGAAGAUUGGGUUGCGCGUCCUCGACAUUUCACUCCCCUCUUACAGAGAUUCCAGGAACGGCAUGAUUAGGGUCAGUAUUCCGGCAGUUUACUCAAAUGCAAGCUGCGGGGCCAACAGGAUUGGUAUGCCGGUGAGCCUCGAAGGAAGUCCGUUUGUCUUCUCCCAGAUGAGGAACGUCUUUGCGUCAGUUGGUUGCAACACCCUGGCAAUUUUGAAUAGUACCGGAUCAGCUGUUGUUGGUUGCAGGUCGAAAUGUGACAUUAGCCGGUAUAAUGAUUGUUCCGGGGGGGACGGAUGCUGCCGGACCUCGCUCCCCUUGAGCCUACUGGGCUUUAAUGUGGAAUUCCAAGAGGAAGGCGAACAUCAGGGGUGCCAGUACGCUUUCCUGGCAGAUAGAUCAUGGUUCUUUAUGUCUAAAUUCGCAGAUUUAGAUGAUUUGAGACAGAAUAAUCCUUUUCCAGUGGUGUUGGAAUGGGGAAUUGCAAACAAUACCGAAUAUGCACAUGAGCUUAUGCGGCAAGAUUAUCCGCCUUCCUCCUGUGAUACGUGCGACCUCUUCUUCGACAUCCUGUGUCCGGAUGGAAUUGGAAUGCCAUUUACGCAGUGCUAUUGCCAACGGGGGUAUCGUGGUAACCCAUAUCUUAUUGGAGGAUGCCAAGGUAACUUACUUGAUGUUAUCACAGUGAAGUGGCUUGUUCAUUUCCAGAUUUGUCCCUAUAAUGAAUGUGUGAUCAAAUCGGGAGGCCAUGACUGUGUCCUUGGUAGAAAGACAGUUAAAUUCAUUCUUAUCGGGGUUGGGGCAGGCCUUGGGGCUCUACUUUUGUGUCUUUUCCUAUGGAGGUUGUACAAAUACAUCAAGAAGAGAAAAGAAAUCAAGCUCAAAGAGAAGCACUUCAAACGCAAUGGCGGUCUUUUGUUGGAAAGUGAGCUAUCUUCACCAGAAGGCAAUGUUGAGAAAAGCAAGUUGUUCAACUCCAAGGAUUUAGGGAAGGCCACUGACAAUUUCAACGAGGAUAGGAUACUCGGGCAAGGUGGACAAGGUACUGUUUACAAGGGAAUGUUAGCAGAUGGAAAAAUAGUUGCGAUUAAGAAAUCGAAAGUGAUAGACGAGGGAAAAGUCGAACAGUUCAUAAAUGAAGUCCUCAUUCUCUCACAAAUCAACCAUAGGAAUGUGGUUAAGUUAUUGGGGUGCUGCUUGGAGACAGAAAUCCCGCUUCUAGUAUAUGAGUUUAUACCAAAUGGAACUUUGUAUGACUAUCUGCAUGACCCAAAUGAAGAGGUUCCUGUAUCGUGGGACACCCGUCUACGAAUUGCAAUGGAAAUCGCAGGAGCCUUAUUCUACUUGCAUUCAGCAGCCUCUAUUCCCAUCUAUCAUCGAGAUAUCAAGUCCAACAAUAUCCUCUUGGAUGAGAAAUAUCAAGCAAAAGUGGCAGAUUUCGGUACUUCCAAGUCGGUUUCCCUCGAUCAAACUCAUGUAACUACGGUGGUGCAAGGGACUGCCGGCUACGUAGAUCCGGAGUAUUUCCAAUCAAGUCAAUAUACAGACAAAAGUGAUGUGUACAGCUUCGGAGUUGUCCUCGUUGAACUCUUAACGGGACAAGAGCCGAUCUCAUCAGUGAGGGAACGAGAAGGAAAAAGCCUUGCAACCUAUUUCAUAGAUUCAAUGGAGGAGAAUCGCUUGUUCGACAUUGUCGAUGCUCAAGUUUUGAAAGAAGGUAAGAAGGAAGAGAUUGCAUCAAUCGCUAACCUUGCGAAAAGGUGCUUGAACUUGAAUGGGAGGAGCAGGCCUAAAAUGAAAGAAGUGGCAAUGGAGUUGGAGGGGAUAAGGAAGCUCCAAAAUGCCGUGGGUAUUCCGCUAAAUCAAGAGGACCGUGAGGCAACUGAUACUUAUGCUGCUGUUUUGAAAGCUAGCACGUCACUCCACGCGGAUGCCAUUGCAUUUUCAGAUGCACAGCCAUUCUUGCCUGUUGCGACAUGGUGA